GAGGACGCUUUCGAGGAUCUGCUGGAUUACGCUUCGGGCGGGUUCGGCGGCGUGCUGUCAGGCUCCCCGCUGCUGCUGGGAGACGGCGAGCCCGAGCCGGAGUCGCCCUUCGACGAGCCCAGCGUCGACGCCGAGGACGUCGACCCUUGCGCGGACGAGCCCGAGGGGCAGCCUAUGCCCUUCCAGCGAUGGAACAGGAUCUACUACCGCCCGAGGGCGGACUCCAACCAGGGUCUCACGAUGCUCCUGGUCAGCAAGUUCAGCUCCACGCUGGGCGAGAAGAGAUGGGUCUGCAUCGACCCGACGGGCAGGCUCCAGGUCCUCGACCUCGGGCAGCCCGCGAAGGUGAAGUCCACGAAGUUCGCGGGCGUGAACCACGGCACCUUCCAGGGCCUCUCGGCGACGGAGAAGCAGAAGGCCAUCGAGGUGGCCGACCGCAUCAUCGCCACGGGGUCCGCAUCGACGACAGGCAAGAUCACCAGGGACCACCAUCCUCGAGGUGGAGGCGCCGCGGGACGCAGGUCCCACCGCCGCCACGCGGUGUCGUGGCUACUGAAGCUGGGCUCCAACAUCGCGGGCUACGCUUGGGCCCGCCGGAGCUUAGGCACGGCGGCGGGUUCGACGUUCGUGCUGUGGCGCGCAGUCGUCUACCUCAACGUGGUGGAGUGGGUGAAGUGGAGCUACUCGUCGCUGAAGGAGACCGUGGACACGGUGGAGUAUUUCAGGGAGGAGAUCGAGACGGUGUUCGAGAUGCACGAGUCAGGAGCUCUCGAGCCUCUCUACUUCUCAGUGGGCGUCAUCUCGCCCCUCGCCUGCGCCAUCGCCCACAACUUCCUCUGGUGCCUCAGCUCCCGCGCUUCCUGGUUGGAGCUGGCCCUCGUGGUCGGCCACAUCGUCUCCCAGCCAGUGUCAGACGCCGAGGAGUCGGACUCGGUGGGAGGCGAAGUUCUGAGGCAGCUGGGUUUGGUGGCCGAGAGGCUCUCCGCUCUCGAGGAGAGGCAGGCGUCGCGCCCGACGGAGCCUCCUCAGCCAACUCCAGCGCCUUCAGCACCUCAAGCCCCAGCGAAGCCUGGGAUCGGCGCGGACAGCUACGACCAGAUGAUGGGGGCCCUCCUUCAGAGGCUGGACCGCCACAAGGAGAUGGUGGAGCAGGACAGCAUGGCCGUGACCGCCGGCGGGUCCGAGCAGCGGGUGGUCAGCUCCACGUCCAACCCAGAGAUCGACUCGCUGGUCAAGGGCCUGGACGACUCCUUCAAGGACAUGCGCGAGGUCGCCAAGGAGAAGCUGCAGGCCUACUCCAGCGACGUGGCGUGGACGAUCCCAGGGGGCAUCAAGACGCGCGUGGCCCCGUCAAUGGUGGCCCGCCUGUACCGCAGUGGGGCUUCAGCGGUGGCGAGCAUCAGGGAGAUGAUUCGCACGAAGCAGCUGGACGGCAACCACAUGGCGGAGGAGGCCCUCCUCAUCAGCAUGAUGCUCGACCGAUCCAUGGUGGAGGCGCCAGCCGACUGGAUCAACUACAAGACGACGGAGUUGGCGAUGCGACGCCACCACGGCAUCGAGAGGGCCUUCGAGAACGUCAAGCAGAGGUCGGACUGGAAGCCGCCCAACGGCUCCAAGGCGGGCUGGAAGUCUCGCGUCAACUACGCCCUGCUGGAGGAGCUCGACACGACCAAGUCGGACCAGGAUGGCCUUCUCAUCGACGGCGUGGAAAAGGAGCUUCGCGAACGCUUGGCUCACCGCGCCCUUCUCGCCAAGUCCCUCGACAAGCUGCAGGACAAGAAGCACUCAACAAGCAAGGACGACUGA